AUGCACAAACGUUACAGUGAUCACAACUUCCUUGAUCAACAUUUAGCUUGUUUAUGUAGAUGGAAAAAAAUGACUGCUCUAAGUUGUGUUUGGAGUGUGUUGUUCUGUCUGUUUCUGUUUCAUCAUUCAAAAGAGCAAUAUGUAGGAAUAGAUGUUACUAAUACACAAAUAUCAGUGGGAACCUCGUAUAUAUCCGUCAAUUGUGGUCUUAAUGGAAAGAGUAUUUUUAAGGAUGAAUACUCGAAAAUCGAAUUGCAUCUUCAAUGUCGCCAAAACAAAACCAAUGACUGGCAGACAAUUGUUUUGCUCAAUGAUUCCGGAUCAUUCAUAACAAACAUAAGUAAAGACAUUGAAACAAACCUAGAGAAAAAUGGAACGUGUGACUACGAUUACAACCGAUAUUGCAAGGGAUUCAGGAUAUAUGCCAAGAUAUCAAUACACUUAGAAUCCUGUAAAGGAUAUCUUGAUCCUAGCUUUCGAUGCCAACUAUUUGGUAUAUAUGGAAGAUUCAAAGGUGAUAGAUCAAAGGAAGUUCAACUGGAAAUUUCAAGUAAACCAUCAUAUACUGAUUCCCCAACAAUUAUUUAUCCGUUGACUUCAAAAGCUGUCAAACUUGGAGAAGUGCUUCAGAUGCAAUGUACAGGAGUAGAAGACGUCAAUAUUCAAACAAACACAGACAUCAGAUGGUGCAAGAACGUUUCAGGACAGUAUGAGGUCAUAUCCUUACAAGACACUCCUCAAACGCAAAUUGUAUCCCAGAGUAAAGAUGGCUGUACAUUCGUACAACUAUCGGAGAUCUUCUAUCACAUAACGGGUGAAGACAAUGAUCUGGAGAUUAUGUGUGAGUUGGGAUAUAAUGAAAACAGUAAAAUAUGUGACAAAGGAAGAUUCAACUCAACACUUCGAAUCAAUACCGAGUUAAAAGAUGACGGAUGGACACUGUCUCCCGUUAUAGUUUACAGUGAGGAUUCGAUGCUUAAUCCACAAAACAUUACUAUAGAAGGAAUAGGAAGGACUGUACAACUUCUCUGUGUUGGUUCAAAAUCAAACCAGAUCGAAUUAAUGAAGGAAGAAGUUAUGUGGUGUGUAAGGAAGAAAAAUAAUACCGAAUGGACACCAAUUGUUCUUCAAGAAAACAAAUUAGAGACAAUGAUAAACUCUAGCGGAAAAAUAAGAAUUUUCAGUAAAGUCACGUAUCACUUAAUUGGGUUGGAGAAAUCCAUUGAUAUUAUGUGUCAGAUUUCCUCUUCUCCCAAAUGUGGAAGUGGAGUGAUAUCUUCUAAUGUCUCCCUGCAAUUAAAUCCUAGUGAAUCGGAAGGCCAGUAUUAUCUGAAACAAAGAGAAACAGCCCCUGGACCAGAAAGAAAAGAAACAUGGGUGGUAGUGACAAUGAUUAUCUCUGUAACACUACUGGUAGUCAUCCUGGUCCUCGACACAAUUCUUCUAAUUCUUGCAUACAGGAGAGGAGGACUGUCCCUGUUUGGAAUCCUGAUUCAAUUUGAAAGAAACAAGAGAGUUGUUAAUAUUCAGGGAGAGAGCCGUUUAGAUACAGAUGUUGACAGACACGUGUUAGUUGAUCAAACAGCAGGAGUUAUUUACAACAAUCAGCAAAUCAGCUCAAAUGUAACCAAUAGACCAAGCUACCAAACAACUGCAAUAACACAAAUCAACUCAGAACAACCUGCUUACGAAGAGAUUAACAGCAGGAAUAGAUCAACACAAGAGUACGAAGCUUUGUCACAUUCUACAAAAUAUUAAUUUAAGUUGAAAGGCAGGGAUACAUUUCUUCCAACCGUUAUUAGUAUUUUUGAAGCCAGUUAUCAAUAGUCCUUUUUGUUUGCCUUAUCAUGGAUUUAGACAAUAAAAAGGUAUGUAAUGUGAAAAUAUUUGUUACAACUUAAACAUGUACGAUUUUAUAUAGAAGGAAAAUAUACAAUAAUACUAACAAAUACUUAGGUGAUUUGAUCGAUGAUGACUUGAAAACUUGUACUUUUAUAUCGUAUGCAAAAUGAUAAUUGUAUCAGUGAAAAAGAUAGGUAAUAAUUAUUUGUAGGAUCGACAGUGAAUACGUUAUUGUCAAAAUAGAUUGCGUUUUAAAAUGUUUUUUUUACGGGCCGCCAGAAGGCGCUCCGUUAUUUGAUACUUAUUUAGAUAUUGUUACUGCGUUUCUGCGCGAUAGUUUUAUUUUUUAUAGAAUUAAUAUCAUGCUUAUAUUUAUGAAUUAAAAGUAAAUUUGCAUGUAGAAAUAUGUUUUAUGCCUUUAAAAAUUUUUGCAUAUUGUUGUCUUACUCGUAAAUGUAAAGUAAGUCAUAGACUGGAUACUAGGCGGGUUUUAAUCGAGACUAUAAUCUAUUCGGGAAAUUUCGGAGUUUUUCAUUAUUUCCAAACAAUGUAUCAAGAUCGGUACACGGGACAUACUAAAGACCCGAAACAGUAAAGACCUGAAUGGCAUGAAAUUUUAUAUAAAUAAUAUACUUGAUUUGUAUGUUCUGCAUCAAAUAAAAUGACUUUAUGUGUGUAUUUAUUAUAUUUCCAUGUGAACUGUGGUCGAAAAAUAUCAUGAAAUGACACCCUUAUCAAUUAUUUACAAAAAAAAAAAAAAAAAAAAAAAAGACCUGAAAAUUUGAAAUGACCUGCAAAUUUGAGCUACCAUGAUUUAUUUUUUAUUCUUUUGAGAACCUCAUGCAAUUAAACAACCAUGAAUAUUUUCAUACAAUGAAGUGUAGACAUGAUUUAUAAUUCUAUUUAAGAAAAAAUAUCCGGCUUAUUUUUUACCUUUAAAAUUGUGUAGUUUCUACCAGAGGAGCAUGAUAUUACAUUUCAUGUACCUUUAUAUUAAUCAAUUUCUGUUUUAUUAUGUGAUCCCUUGAAAUCAUAUAUUUAACUAAUGCAUUAAGUUUUAAUUCAAUACAAUGCAACAAAAAAUAAAAAUGGUUUGAAAUACAUAAUCUCCAAGAGAAAAAUGAUGGGCUGAACUGUAUUUGAAUAAUGUACAAAUCAAUGUGUUCUCCAUUACUUCAUAAUACUAGUAUGGCGAUGGUCUUACAAUUACCGUUAGAAAUGCUUACAGUAAAGAACUCGUUUCUUAAUAAUAACAAUAAAAUGUUUAUCUUCAAAACGUGCUGCUGAAAAUAUAUUAAAAAUAACCUUCAAAAUUAGUACAAUUAACCAACUCGUUAUUUUCUUUUUUGUGUUGCAUGUUUUUUUAUGUUAACAACCAAUGACGAUUCAUACAGCAAUCAUACAUGUAUUUUUGCGGCCCAUUUGACGCUUGCGUCAAUAUGUUUUUUUGUUACCUAGUAAAACACUCUCAAAAGGUAGUACUAUCAAAUUUCCUCAAGCAUAAUAUGAGUGACACGAAAAAAGUAAUGCUUAACCAAACUUCAUGCCUGUUUUUUAUCCAUUUUUACUAACCGGUACAUAUCGAACAACUAGUACAUAGAUGUCUGUUGAAAAACGUCCGAGAUUUAAAGAUCAUACGUUAAAUAAAAGAUAUAAGAAUGGCGUAAGUUAUUCUCCUGAGAUUUCAUUUAUUCACGUUGUUCUUGUUGCAUCCAUAGUCACAAUCAUAAUAUAUACAUGACAAUGUAUACAGGGUGUUUUCUAUUUUUUUGAAAAAUUCUUUAUUAUAUACUUUAUGUUAUAAUGUAUGGUAUACCUUUUACGAUUUCUGUGUUUUCAAUGAAAAGUAAUUUUAUUUUUUUAAUUGGACAAUGAGACAAUAUUCGUAACAUUUUUUUGGCUUUGUGUAAGCCGUUUUGUAUUUUUUUUAAGUUCUUGUUUUAUCUAGUCAAUAAUGAAAAUGUUUAAUCUAGUCCACGUGUUCAUAUUGAUAUAUUCAUAGUAACAUUGUAUUUACUGAAAACAACAAGUAUUAAAUGAGU